CGGAAAGAUGGCGGUAGCGGCGGCGGCGGCGGCGGCGGGGCCGAGCGGCGGGGGAGGCGGCCGGGCGCAACGGAGCGGGCUGCUGGAAGUUUUGGUGCGGGAUCGCUGGCACAAAGUUCUGGUGAACUUGAGCGAGGACGCCCUGGUUCUGAGCUGCGAGGAGGGCGCCGCGGCGUACAACGGCAUCGGGACCGCCACCAAUGGCUCGUUCUGCAGGGGCGCCGGCGGCGCGCAGCCCCCGGACUCGCCCGCGGGGGUCCGCACCGCCUUCACCGACCUGCCCGAGCAGGUGCCCGAGUCCAUCUCCAACCAGAAGCGCGGCGUGAAGGUGCUGAAGCAGGAGCUGGGCGGGCUGGGCAUCAGCAUCAAGGGGGGCAAGGAGAACAAGAUGCCCAUCCUCAUCAGCAAGAUCUUCAAGGGGCUGGCGGCGGACCAGACCCAAGCCCUGUACGUGGGCGACGCCAUCCUGUCGGUGAACGGAGCCGAUCUGCGGGACGCCACCCACGACGAGGCGGUGCAGGCGCUGAAGCGCGCUGGCAAGGAGGUGCUGCUGGAAGUGAAGUACAUGCGAGAAGCCACACCCUAUGUGAAGAAAGGCUCCCCAGUAUCUGAGAUCGGCUGGGAAACGCCUCCGCCAGAAUCGCCUCGGUUAGGGGGCGGCUCCUCAGACCCUCUGUCCUCGCAGCCCUUCUCCUUCCACAGAGAUCGGAAAAGCAUCCCCCUCAAGAUGUGUUAUGUCACUCGGAGUAUGGCCUUGGCUGACCCUGAGAACAGGCAGCUUGAAAUUCACUCUCCAGAUGCUAAGCACACAGUGAUUCUAAGGAGCAAGGACUCAGCCACUGCCCAGGCCUGGUUCAGUGCCAUCCAUUCCAAUGUUAGUGACCUGCUGACCCACGUGAUUGCUGAGGUCAGAGAACAGCUGGGGAAAACAGGCAUUGCUGGGAGCCGAGAGAUCAGGCAUCUGGGCUGGCUUGCAGAUAAGGUGCCCGGGGAGAGUGAGAAACAGUGGAAGCCGGCCCUGGUCGUACUGACCGAGAAGGACCUUUUAAUCUAUGACAGCAUGCCACGGAGGAAGGAAGCCUGGUUCAGCCCAGUUCACACGUACCCUCUUCUUGCCACCAGGCUGGUCCAUUCAGGUCCGGGCAAAGGAUCGCCCCAGGCUGGCGUGGAUCUGUCCUUUGCUACGCGAACGGGCACCAGGCAGGGGAUCGAGACACAUGUCUUCAGGGCCGAGACCAGCAGGGACCUCUCCCAUUGGACGCGGAGCAUCGUACAGGGAUGUCACAACUCGGCGGAACUCGUCACCGAGGUCACCACAGCCUGCACCUACAAAAACCAGGCGUGCUGCCUGACCAUACAUUACGAGAAUGGAUUUUCUAUUACCACGGAACCACAGGAGGGUGCCUUUCCCAAGACCAUCUUACAGUCUCCCUAUGAGAAGCUGAAAAUGUCUUCAGAUGAUGGAAUCAGGAUGCUGUAUUUGGAUUUUGGAGGCAAAGAUGGAGAGAUCCAACUGGACCUUCACUCCUGCCCCAAGCCGAUCGUGUUCAUCAUUCACUCCUUCCUGUCAGCGAAGAUCACAAGACUGGGCUUGGUGGCCUGAGCAGGGGGGAUGGCUUGCCUUGGACAGAAGGAGGGCUGCU